AUGCCGCCGCGAAGAUUGACCCAGACCAUAGGAGCUGCCGUACUCAAUGGGAAUAACGGUGGCGGUGAUGUGUCCAAAAAGACCACGGGGCGCAAUCCACCAUGUUUCUUGGGUCAGGAGGAUCCAGAAGUUCUUGAGAGUUGGAUCCGCGCGUUCGAAAAGUUGUUUAACGUGGUAGGAUGCCCAGAGGAUCAGCGAGUAGAGGCUGCAGUAUACUAUCUACAGGGAGAGGCUGACCAUUGGUGGGUCAUGGAGGGACCCGUUGUCCAGGCAAGGGAAGGUUUUGACUGGGGGAUGUUUAAGAUGGUGUUGAGAAAGAGAUUCUACCCAGAGCAUGUCAAGGCUGCCAAGUAUGAGGAAUUCUUGCAUCUCGAGCAAGGAAGCUUGACUAUUCAGGAGUAUCAUGCCCGCUUUGUGGCAUUGUCUCGAUUUGCUCCUACCUUGGUACCUGAUGAGGCGAGUAGGGCUCGCAAGUUCAUCCAAGGAUUGCACUUAGAUGCUCAGAAAUCCUUCUCCGCGGCAACAUUUGCUACAUUGAAUGAAGCUUAUGAGGCAGCUGCUGGUUACUCCAGGAUUCAACAGUUGCACCACGACGCCAUGCAAGGGAUGAAGAAAAAGAAUGAAGGGAUGGAAGCACAGUCGAACAAGGGACACAUGUUCAAUCCGACGAGCAGGCUUGACCAUAGAGGUGGGGAAAGGAGGAACAUGACUAUGAGAUAG